UGAUGCAGAUUCAGCCGAGCACUGCUAAGCUGACCCCCAAGCGAAAACGGCUUUUGGAAGCUGUUGCCCCCCAAGCUCGUGCCAAAACGAGGAAAAUUCUGGUCAGAAAGGUCCGGAAAGAAGCCACACCGUCUUCUCCUGUUCCGUCAUCUCCAGUCGUCGCCCAGCCUGCCGUUGUAGAAGUCUCCAGCGGGGAGGAGCCCCCAUGCCAGAAAGGUUCAUCUUCAGAGGCGCCAGAGGACGUGAAUGCGCCUAUCAAGGUCCUGAUUGCUCUCCGUGAUCCGGGCGCAACAACCUUGGAGGAUCCUUCUGCGUCAGCUGUUGCCUCACCAAGCCUGCAGGCGCCGAUCGUGACUCCAUCCUCCGCUGGCCCCUGUUUGGAAAGACCCUCUACCGCUUCGGCCACUGCCAAUCCCCCUGCACGAGAGGCGGCCUCUGCUGCUAUCGUUCGUCCUUCGGCAAGGGUGCACCCCCGGGAGCCGAUCGUCCCUUCGUUGGCCAUCGCUACUUCCUUCUCAGGACAAAACCUAGAUCUUUCAGAACUCCUUGCGUUUGAUCCUGCCACGAUUGGGUCGACCAUAUUGGAAGCCGAUGGCUCUUCCUCGGGUCUGACCAGACCCGUCGAGGAGGAGCUAACCAACACCCAGGACUUCCAAGAGACUCGUGAGGACUCCGAAGACCAGCCAGAUUUGAUGAUAGGAUUCUUAGCAUGUGUGGAGACACUUUGA